AGAAGAAGCGGUUCAAAGGUCAGCAGGCUGCCCUCGUGUGGCGUCGGAUACCAACAAACCUCAACGAAACACAUAAAAAUUACUGUUAACGGAGGAGUCAUCUCAUAUACGUAGUCAUAAUGUCCUCCUACACCUGCAUCAGCUGCCGAGUAGCUUUUGCAGACGGCGAGGUGCAGCGAGCACACUAUAAAACCGACUGGCACCGCUACAACCUGAAGCGUAAGGUAGCGGACAUGCCUCCGGUAACGGCUGAAAACUUCCAGGAGCGGGUCCUGGCUCAGAGGGCCGCCGCAGAACAGCAGCUGAACGAUGCAGCAGUGACCGAGGGCUGCGCUGUCUGCAACAAGAAGUUCUCCAGCGCCAAUGCCUACCAGAACCACCUGCAGUCCCACAAACACCAGCAGGCGGAGAAGCAAGCCUUACUCGCUGCCCAGAGGAAAGUGGAGAAGAUGAACGAGAAGAACCUGGAGAAGGGGCUCGGUGAAGAGAAGGCCGACCACGACGCCAGGAACGAGGCCCUGCAGCAGGCGCUGAAAGAGCAGCAGAGGUCGAGCUCGGCCAAGCAGGGGAAAGGCCCAGCGGCUCAGAGAGCGGAGAAGCCGGACAAACCUCCCAGGAUGAUGUGGCUGGAAGAGCAAGCGAAGAGGCGAGACGGAGAAGAUGGAGCCACAGCAGAGGAAGAGGAGUGGGAGGACGUUGAUGAAGAUGGUGAUGAUGAUGAUGAUAUGGAGGAUGAUGAGGAUGCAGAGGAGGUGAUGGAGCAGGAGGAGGGAGACUCCGUGGCACCAUCGGACGCCCAUCCCGCCGCCCUUCCCGGGUCCAUCCCCGUCACAGACUGUCUGUUCUGCUCCCACCACUCACGGUCACUCAUGAAGAACGUGGCCCACAUGACUGGAGUCCACAGCUUCUUCAUCCCGGACCUGGAGUUCCUCGUUGACCUCCGGGGUCUAAUACGAUACCUGGGAGAGAAAGUUGGUGCAGGGAACGUGUGUUUGUGGUGCAAUGAAAAAGGACGUUCGUUUUAUUCAACAGAAGCCGUCCAGAGUCACAUGACGGACAAAAGUCACUGUAAACUGUUCACAGAUGGCGACACUGCUCUGGAGUUCGCAGACUUCUAUGAUUUCAGGAGUAGCUACCCAGACAGGAAAGAUGAGGAUGUGGACAUGGAUGAAGAGCUUCCUGAUGACAAGAACUUGGAGUAUGAUGACGAAACGCUGGAGCUCACCCUCCCUUCAGGUGCAAAGAUCGGCCACCGUUCGCUCAUGCGGUAUUAUAAGCAGCGGUUCGGACAUCAGAGGACGGUGGCUCUGGCCCAUAAUCAGAAGGCCGUGGGCAGAGUCCUCCGGCAGUACAAAGCCCUGGGCUGGGACGGUGGACCAGGUACCGGCUCCUUCCAGCAGAGACAGAGGGACAUGCAGUAUGUACAGAUGAUGAAGUCCAAAUGGAUGCUGAAGAUGGGCAUGAGCCACAACGCCGUCAAGCAGAAGCACUUCAGAGCCCAAGUCAUGUUCUAACCUCGGACACUGAUUCUGUCAGAAAACUGGCCUCUUCUCACUCCAUGCACAUCUGUGUAUGCUUUUAUUAUUGGAUUUAACGCCUCAUAUCAGCUCAUGUCACUGCUUUCCUCAGUUAAAUAACAAAUACCGGGCCUGGCCAAAAAAAAAAAAAAAAAUCACAUUAAAU